AAAGAAAAUGGCCCAACGGAGCACUGUAUUUCCUUCUCUUGUCACCGAGGAAAGGUAUAAUAUAUGGAAAAUAUGCAUCUAAGGCGAGUUAGAACCAUGCCCCGACACAGCCAGUCGCUGAGCGUGGCACCCUACUCAUCCGUGAGCCUCGUGGAGCAGCUGGAAGACAGGAUCCUGUGCCAUGAGAAGACGACGGCCGCGCUCGUGGAGCACGCCUUCCGCAUCAAAGACGACAUCGUCAACAGCUUGCAAAAGAUGCAGAACAAGGGGGGAGGCGACCGCCUGGCCAGGCUGUUCUUGGAGGAGCACAUCAGGAACAUCACCGCCAUAGUGAAGCAGCUGAACCGGGAUAUCGAGGUACUCCAGGAGCAGAUCCGGGCCAGGGACAACAUUAGCUACGGAACUAAUUCUGCCUUAAAGACCUUGGAGAUGCGGCAGCUCUCAGGUUUGGGAGAUCUUCGAGGAAGAGUGGCAAGAUGUGAUGCCAGCAUAGCCCGACUCUCUGCUGAGCACAAGUCGACCUAUGAGGGGCUCCAGCACUUGAACAAAGAGCAGCAGGCUGCCAAGCAUAUCCUGGAAACGAAAAUCAAAGACGCGGAAGGGCAGAUCUCUCAGCUUUUGAACAGAGUGGAUUUGUCAAUAUCAGAGCAAAGCACCAAACUGAAAAUGUCCCACAGAGAUAGCAACCACCAGCUCCAGCUCCUGGAUACUAAAUUUAAAGGUACAGUUGAGGAACUCAGUAAUCAGAUUUUGUCUGCACGGAGUUGGUUGCAACAGGAACAAGAACGAAUAGAAAAAGAGCUUUUGCAGAAAAUUGACCAGCUUUCCUUGGUUGUGAAAGAAACCAGUGGAGCCAGCGAGAAGGACAUGGAGAAGAAGCUCAGCCAGAUGUCAGCCAGGCUAGACAGAAUAGAAGAGAGCCAGAAGAAGACUCUGGAUGGGCAGAGAACAAAGCAGGAAGAGGAGAAGGUGCAUGGGCGAAUCAACAAGCUGGAGAUGCAGAUGAGUGAGGACAUGAAGGAAAUGAAGGCGGAAGUUCAUGCUGGGUUUACAGCCAUCUAUGAAAGCAUAGGAUCCCUCAGGCAAGUUCUCGAGACCAAGAUGAAGCUGGACAAGGACCAGCUCCAGAAGCAAAUCCAGCAGAUGCAGAAGCCGGAAGCUCCCGUGUGAAGGAGCAGGGACAAGGACCUGGGGGCGGGGCGGGGGGGGGGGAUGUCUGCCAGCGGGGCUAGGAGCAAGAGACCUCUGUGGCCAGGCCGUUGCUACAUUCAGCACUGUUCACCCAGGGCGUGCAUGCGCCAAGAAACGUGUUUUCAUGGGUCUAAAUGUUUCCUUCCCCGCCAACCCCGGUCUUGAAACGAAUCUCUCUUGAAACGUUAAAUACAUGGUCUGCCACUUUAUCCCACCUCUCUAAAUGCAGUGCCACCCUCUUCCCCCAGGUGAAAAACAAAAAGGCUUUUGUCUCCUUCGUUUUAUGAAUGAAAAGACUUCACCGUUUUUCUCUGAUGCUCCACAUUCUAGCCAAGACCAGUUGCUGUUGUUUUUUUUUUUAAUGUCCUGAUGAUGCUUUUUUUUUUUAAUUAAGAAACGAAUAAGUGGUCACAGGUGUGUGUCACUCCUCACCCUAAAUGAAGAGAACGUGCCAAGGGAGUCCAAUUCAACUUGGAGUCCGUGUUUCGGUUUCACUCUUGUAUGUGCGUGUCUUAUAUUGAUUAUCUUUCUGUAUCUCUUUUUUGUCUUUUGUAAGGGGAAGAGAUUUAACUCUUGGGGAAGAAACUCUAUCAUUUAUAUAAUGAAAAUAGUUUAAAAUUGAUAAUUGCCAUAAUACUUGCAAAUUCAACAGAAACUUAAGACGCUUAGAUAAAGCAAGGCACAACAUCGGACCACAGAUCAGGUUUUAAUAUUUAAAACUAUUUUUGAAUUAUCCACAGCCUAUAUAGUGAUAGCCAUACAAUUAGUGAUGAAUUGCACAAUUUCUUAUUCAUCAAUCAGAAUGUACGAAUUUUUUGGCUUGAAGGUCUUUCUAAAUGUUUCCCAAAUUGGCACCAAGUGCUAGGUUUCUAUCCACCUGUUAGAACUGUACCCUUGUGCCUUGGUUUUGUCAUGUCAGUGCACUGCACCCUACAAGAGCUUUGCAGACAAAAUAAGCAGCAUGAUAAUGCAUCAGAACUAUGAUGUAAAAAUGGGAUCCUAUGUAUUUUUUUAAAUGUUCUUCAGAUUUUAUCACUGUUAAGACAUGUUCGGUAUUAAUGGAAUAGAAAUUCCUACUUUUGUAUGGGAUUAAGACUCAAAUUGAUACUGCAUUUAUAACACUGUCAACAGAUUUUCAUCUUGCACCACUUUGUAGAUAACGGGUGUUUUAUUUUCAGUCUCUAUAUCUGCUUAGUCUUGAAAAUUGGCGACAGAGCUGCGUGUUCAUCUGUGUGUGUAAUAACCCAUAGCAAGGUGCACUGUGUUAAAUUGAGAGGUUACCCUAGGACAAAGAAUAGGAAUAUUUAAAAAUUUCAAAAGACUUUUUAAAAAAAUUUGCUUGUUUGCCAAGGACUCA